GUCAGGGAAGUGUUAGAAGUGUCCUUUUGUGUCAGAAAGACAUCACAAGAUGUUUAGAAAGAAUGCUCGAUUGAUCCCCACAACUGAAAAAGGUGGUCUCGCGACUCCUUUGUGGUCGGAUAGCAAAUUCAAAUCACUGUUAGGUGUGCAAAUGAACCUAAUAGUCACUGAGAAAGUUAGACAAGAACUAACUCAGAAAUAUGAUAUCCAUCCAGACAAAACUUGGUCUGUAGAUGAGUGUAAAAAGGUACUAGGAGCAUGUAUUCGCAAGAACAAUUUGAAAGGCAUUAUCUGCUGCCACAGAGAAUUUGGUUUAGCGCUAGCUACGCAACAGUCUCAGCGUACCUCAGAACUAGAGGAACAGAACAAAGAGCUCAGAGCCAGAGUAUCCUCUUUGACUAAGAAACUGAAUCGCAACAAAGCUGCAGCAAAAACUGAUGUGGAAGAAGUUAGUCAGACUGAUAGCAUUUAUCCUGAUUUACAAACUUUCUUUGAAACAGAUGUAGCCAUCCAGUCAGUAACUGAUGUGCCUGUAGAUUCUGUAAAGGUAUGUGGUGCUAGGAGGAGAUCUCAGGGAAUUGAGGGAACUGAAAGUGUUACUCCGAACCCCUCUGUUGUCCAGGUACAAACUGUUACCAAAGUUCUAGGACCUAAAGAUAUAGAGAGACUCUCCCAGAGCUUACCCUCAGCACGCACAAAUUUUUCUGAAUUUAGAAGAGCAUUAAUCAGCAAAAUGCGUCUCUACGACAUGUCGUUAGCAGAAGUCACACAGCUGAUGUCACAAAUUCUAACUGAAUCUGAAUUCAACACUUUUGAGUCUGCUGUUACUUCUGAAUUAAAACAUGUCAGUAAAGGUGAUUUGAGGGAAGGUGUUUUGAAAAUUCAAAAAAAUAUUAUAGGACCCAAAAUAGACUGGUCUAGAAUCACUAACUGUGUGCAGAGGAAAGAAGAAACUGUGAGUGAAUACACUGAAAGAUUUUGUCAGUCAGCAGUAACUUACAGUGGAAUUGCUGAUGAUCCUGAAAGUGUUCUAGAUGACAAAGGACCAUUAGUACGCAUCUGGUCAGAUGGCCUUGUAGUGGAGUACCGAAAAGCCUUGCCAUUCCUAGAUAUCACUUGGUCUAACAAAACUCUCAGAAAUAAUCUAGACAGUUUAGCUACAUGGGAAAGAGAUGCGGAUGUUAAGACAAAAGUGAGAGUAGCAGCAGCAGCUACAUUUAGCACAAGGAAACAUGACCAUAGAUGGCCCAAAAGAGAAGGCAAAUGCAAUUACUGUGAAAGAUCAGGUCACUGGGAGAAAGAGUGUAGAAAGAAGUUGAAAGAUAGUAGAAGAAAUGUUAUGCAUAAUUCUGCUCCUUCUCAGCCCGCCUACAAUCCUGAAGUUAGUCCUACAAUGACCACAGAAACUUUAGGACAGCUCGCUCAGGUUCUUCUAAAAGCACAAAAAGAACAGGAAAAAAACUAAUUGUUGGGGCUGUGAGUAGCUACCUUUACCCUGUAAUACAUCACAAUGACAAACAAAUUUUUGUGAAAGGUAGCAUACAAGAGAAAGAGAUUGACUUUUUGCUUGAUACAGGUGCAGAAAUUACAGUAAUUCCUAUAAAAUUGGCUGAAGGCUUAAACAUCCCAUACAAGAAAACUAAACUUUGUUUAACCGGUGUAAUAGGUGAAGAUUCUGUUUUGUAUGAAACCCCGUCCAUAGAUGUACAAUUAGGCCCAAAGACUCUGACUACAAAAUUGCUAUGUGCUCCAUUAAAUACAGGUGCAAUUCUAGGCAUGGAUCUACUCAGACAAGUACACCUGACUUUAGACAUGUCCUCAGAAUCAGCUAGCAUUAAAAUUUCCUCAGCACAAGUUUCUACCAAUAAUGUAAUAACUCCUGAGUACGCUUUCUUACAGAAUCAUCCAAUUUGGGCUAAAGACAAAGAUGAUUGUGGGUUUUUGACAGGUGUAGAACCAGUCAAAUUGACAGGAACUCCACCUCCUGUUACCAAACAAUAUCCUAUCAGUAAGGAAGCUAUACAGGGGAUAAAACCUAUUGUGGAAAAAUUGCUGAAGCAAGGAGUGCUAGUUAAAACAAACAGUCCCUGUAACUCACCCAUAUGGCCCAUCAAGAAAUCUAAUGGGACAUGGAGACUCACCAUAGACUACAGAGUAGCCAAUAAACAUAUUGAUAAAAUCACCCCCCUAGUGGCAGAUCCAUCUACAAUUUGUAAUGGCUUACCAUUAGAUUGUAAGGUUUUUUUUCUGUAAUUGAUAUGUCUAAUGGAUUCUUUUCUGUACCCUUGCACUCUGACAGCCAGACAUGGUUAGCUUUUACAGUUGACUAUGAACAAUAUCAGUGGACACGUUUGCCCCAGGGAUUUCAGAAUUCCCCAACUUUAUACCAUCAGGCUGUCAGACGUGAUUUGUGUGACCCAGAAUGUCCAGUAAAACAGUCCACUAUGAUUCAAUAUGUCGAUGAUAUUUUGGUAGCCUCUACAGAUCACGAGGUACAUCAAACUGAAUUGGCAGCAUUGUUGGACUAUUUGCAGAAAAGAGGACACAAAUGCAGCUUUCACAAAGCUCAAAUUGCUAAAAAUCAAGUCACAUUUCUGGGUCAAACAAUUGGUGCAGGAAAUAGAUCUAUUACACAGGAUCGAGCCGCUUCAGUCAAAGCCAUACCUCCACCUACAACCAUUAAAACACUCAGAUCAUUUUUAGGAACAGCAGGUUACUGUAGACCUUGGAUUGAAGAAUAUGCCUCAAUUGCUCAGCCUCUCUAUGACUUGUUGAAAGGCCAGGUUAAAGAUUCUGAUACUGUUUGUAUGGAAGAAAUUCACCUCAAAGCUUUCAAUGAUUUAAAGAAAGCACUAUGUCAAGCACCAGCAUUAGGAAUUGCACAAUCUAAUAAACCCUUUGUGUUUUAUGUACAUGAACACUUAGGCUUUAUGACUGCAUGUUUAAUGCAAGAUCAUGGGGGCAGUUUACGCCCAAUUCAUUACUAUUCAUGUAAACUUGACAUAGUUGCUCAAGGCAUGGGCCCAUGUCUUAGAGCAGUGCAGGCAGUUCAUCUAGCUCUUCAGGCUUCAACAGGAAUGGUGCUAGGACAGACUAUAAAUGUAAGAUGUCCUCAUGCAGUGUCCGCACUAAUGAAUCAAGCAAAAGUCACUUCUGUCACCUCCUCUCGUUGGGGAAAUUGGUUAACGACCCUCACAGCCCCGAACAUUGUUUUACAACGUGCACCAGUAACAAACCCAUCCUCAUGUAUGAUGUCUGCAAUGACUGAAGUUUUGUUAGAGGAUGAGGGUGAAAUAACUCACGAUUGUGUUACGCUUACAUACGAAGCUAUAAGUGACAUAAAAGAAACUCCCAUAGAGAAUGCAGAAUUGGAGUUGUUUGUUGAUGGUUCAGCUCAAGUCAUUGAGGGAAACAGACGAGCAGGUUAUGCAGUAACUUCCACCACUGAAGUUGUAGCUUCAGGCCGUCUUCCAGAUCAUUUUUCAGCUCAAGCUGCAGAACUAGUAGCCUUAACUAGAGCAUGCACGCUAGCUUCAGGAUCGAUUGCAAAUAUUUACACUGAUUCCAGAUAUGCUUUUGGGGUGGUUCAUGAUUUUGGUGUCAUUUGGCAAGCUAGACCGUUUCUAACUUCUGCUGGAUCCCCCAUUAAGCAUGCUGGAUUAGUAAAAGAUUUAUUGUUUUCCAUGAAACUUCCAAAGAAAUUAGCGGUGAUCAAAGUGAAAGCACAUCUCACAACUAACACUGCAGAAGCUAAAGGUAAUGCUCUUGCUGAUGUAGCUGCUAAACAGGCUUGUUCCUAUGUAACUGUACAAGUGUGUUCAGAUAGUAUAGCACAGAAGACAAUUCUGCCUCCUAAAUCAAUUAUUGAUCUGUACAAAGACGCUCCUCUAUAUGAAGCAUGGACAUGGUUAGACAAAGGGGCCACAGUAGAUUCAUCUGGAUGCUGGACCAAAGAGGGGAAGUAUGUUGCUCCUGAAUCACUGCUGCCAUAUUUGGCUCAACAAAUACACAAUUUGGGUCACAGUGGUCCAGCAACAAUGAAUCACAGGUUCACAAAUCAAUGGUGGAAUCCAAAAUUCAGAAAUGUAGCAACCGAAACAGUCAAGAGAUGUGUUACAUGUCAAAAAAAUAAUGAUGUGCCAGCAGCAGCUACAGCAGCAACACAUACUCCAGCUCCACCAGGACCAUUUCGUCACCUGCAAGUUGAUUACAUAUCAUUGCCUCCUUGUAAGGGAAAAACUGAUGUUUUAGUAGUAUUGGAUAAGUUCUCUAGAUGGCUAGAAGCUUAUCCAACAGGGCGUGCUACAGCUGCACAUACUGCUAAAUGUCUAGUCACUGAUUUCAUUCCCAGAUGGGGAUUACCAGAUUGCAUUGACUCAGAUCAAGGUACACACUUCACAGGACAGGUAGUCAAGGAAGUGUCUAAAAUGUUGAAAAUUAAGUGGAAUCUUCACUGCCCCUAUAGGCCACAAGCAUCAGGACAAGUUGAACGAGCAAACAGAACUAUAAAAACCAGGCUAAGCAAAAUGCACCAGGAAGGAGUACAAUGGGUCGAGGCACUGCCAGCGGUAUUGUGUAGUAUAAGAGCGUCACCUAACAGAUCAGUAGGACUGAGCCCUCAUGAGAUUAUUACAGGACGCCCAAUGCAGAUGCCAGGUGUGAUUGAUCUUAGAAAUGCUGAUGUACACAUAGCCUCAGAUGCCCUGAUCACUUACUGUGAAAACCUCACAAAGGCAGUACAGAGUGCCAGAGAGAGAGUUGAGUUAUGUUGGCAGACUCCACCAGAAGGGGGGCACACAAUCAUCCCAGGUCAGUGGGUCAUGAUAAAGUCAUUCAGAAACAAGCCGUUAGAGCCUAAGUGGCACGGACCACAUCAAGUGAUGUUGAUUACAGCAGCUGCAGUGUUUUGUCAGGGAAGGAAAACAUGGACUCAUGUUUCACACUGUAAAGUUGUUCCUCCACCUACAGGGAUAGGAUAGGACACAUGGACCAGUGAGGAGCCCAGGAAAGAACCGAAUGCAACAGGCUUCGGGGGCCAAUCCUGCGGUGAAGAUUCCCUUUUAGGCAUUCCCCCACCUACUAGUCCAUCCUUACCUCACUGUUCUUUAGGUGUCGCAGUAAUAAAGAUAUAGGGAAAGAAAGGAACAACAAUAACAGACUCAAAUCGACCAGAGGAUACAACCCUAGUGUUUACAUUUUUUUUUUUCAACAAAUGCUGCUCUGUCGUUGUUUGUUUUCUUUCUUACUCUGUGCAGAUACCACUUGAUGGCUGUCCCGAGGCCCAUACACACCGACCUCCUCACCUGUGUAUGACGACACCACUUUUAAAAGACAACCAGACCCACAACCGA